AUGCAGCCUACGAGCUCAAUGAAAGAGGAAUUUCUAAAGAAAUGGCAAACGGGUCUCCGAAUCUUCCGACCUUCGAUAGACAACACGAGCGUCUCCGAGAGAAAGAAAGCAAUAAAGCUCUCUGCAGAUGUUGCAAUGGCGUCUCUAAGAAAAGGAACAACUUGUUGGAGCCGAGCCCUAAUCCAAAAAACCGCCACCGAAGACAACUUCCUCGUACGUCAGAUGCUCUCCGGCAUCAAAGAGGAAACGUUAAUCAACAAGAAGUUGCCUACGAAGAUUGUGUGUCAUAGAAAGAUCGUGAGACGAAGCAAGAAGAUCUUGAGGAGGAAAUCGAAAUCAGCGAGUGAAGAGGUCGCUGCAAAAGCUAAGAGACUUGUUAAGAGAAAGACUCAAGGGUUAAGAAACGUUGUCCCCGGUGGAGAGCUUAUGAGCAAUGACAUUUUGUUGAUACAAGAAACCUUAGAUUACAUUGUUUCGCUUCAGACGCAAGUGAGUGUUAUGAGGAGUAUUGUUGAUGCUGCCGAGGCCGGAAUUGAUCGGUAA